GGAGGGAUUUCGUCUCGGCUUGCACAUGUUCUGAUCCUACUACACUCGCUGUUUUGUGGUAUCGUCUUUCAAAGCUUUGGCUUACAUCUACAUAUGUUGGAAGUCACUAUGUAGAAGAGUUCUACUUUUGCAGCAAAACCAUUCAUUCCGGAAUAUUGACCACAGAAGAGCAGCUUUUUUUUGUUGUUGGUUGGAUUUUAAAUAAUAUAUUUUCUCAAAUGAAUGUGGAGAGGUUGCUCUCGUCAUAACAGUGAUUAACAGUGUGCAACACAUUAGCACUUGACAAUCGCCUGAAAAAACUCUUGAUACCCAAUCAGAAGAAUGAGUACCUACGGACUAACGUCUGCUGAUCACCAUCCGUUUGCCAACAACUUUGACAAAGUUGCCGCUUAUCACAAUGCUCUACAAAACAACAAGGCUAACUUCUCCGUGAGUCAUUUGCUGGACCUGGAGGAGCUGCCCAGUGAAAACUGUGCCAUGUACGCCAACACCGACCCCCAGCCGGGGCUACCCACCCAGGCCUGCACCCCAACCCUCAACGGUAACCCCACAGGGGCAGGGAUGACGGACCUUAGCAAUAACUCCCCCUCUCCAAUACAGGAGAGGAUGCAGCAACCCUCACCAAGUGACGGUAAAAGUCAAAGCGGUAAUGAGGACGAUGAUAAAGAUGACAAAGACAGCAAAAGGCGGCGAAAGCAACGCCGCAACAGAACCACAUUUAAUAGCAACCAACUGGCAGCGUUAGAGAGGGUGUUCGAACGCACCCAUUAUCCCGAUGCGUUUGUUCGAGAGGAACUCGCGAGAAGAGUCAAUCUUAGUGAAGCCAGAGUACAGGUUUGGUUUCAGAACCGAAGAGCAAAAUUUCGACGAAACGAAAGAAACAUGAUGGCUCAAAGAGGCAAUAUGUACGGGCGACAAGAAGCGACUCCAAUAGAACAGCCAAUUACACCACGACAGUCUUCCAUGGGAUCCGCCGAUUCAUUGAACUGGUACGCUCCUCCGGCCUAUAGUCCUGCUUCCUCUUCUUCAAGCUGUGCUCUCGCCAAUCAUUCGUACUCACCCCCACCUAACAUCGGAUCCAGCAUAGCCUGCCUCAGGCUUAAAGCGCAGGAACAUAAUACAUUUAUGCACAAUCCUUAUUCACAUCAGAUGUCGCAAUGAAUUGGCCCGGUCAUUGAUGAUGUGACACCACUGUAUUGUAAUUCUUGGUAACUAAAUGUGAGACAACUUGAACAACAGAUUUUACGUGUGGCGUGAUUGGAUUUAGUUAUCUUGGAGGCAUCGAUAUUUCGAUGCGAAAAAAAACCAAACUCAGGAUAUAUACUAAGCUAACAAAAAAGGGAGAGAAACUUUUGGCCUCGACUUGGCCUCGUCAAGUAUAAAGAUCCGAGAAAGUGAGAUGCUACGACAGAUUCUGUCACCUCGCGAAGAACGAGAAUCGGCGAGAUGUCUGGAUAGAGCCAUUAUCGUCACAGCGAGUCAUUGUCAUUGUCAUAAUCGCCAGAAUCGCGGAGUAAUUCCAGUUCGUGUCACAAAUCUCUCAAGUUCCUGUUCCAUUUAUAGAUCAGUGGUGGUGCUAGUGGUCUCCAAUAUGUGGAGACAUGUAUAUUUCUAUGACGACAUAACCGUCGCGAUUAUAUGUGUCCCUAUUGCGUAAUUAUUCUUUGGGAUGUGCGUUUGUUUGUACGAACUUGUUGUUUAUGAUGUAUGGUCACGUGAUAUUCAUGUCUUAUCUGCUAUUCGAACACACCUGUUCCCCUUAUCCAUCCGUCCUUGCGUCGGCAUAGUACGGGGGCUAAAAAAAAUAUAUAUACUAUAUGGAAUAUUUACUUCAGUAUCAGUGCGUACAUGUCUCGAUGUAUACGUGGGUUAUAUUUGAACGUUAAAGUGUAUUCGCUGGAGUAUGAAUCAGAUAUGAAUAUCUGAUAUGAAAUCAAAUGAUUUUAAAAUAAGUGCACUUACGAAAUCACUCAUGCGUAAUAUGUUUUUUUUUUAAAUGUUUUAUUGAAAUAAUACAUUUUACAAAAUAAACCCCUUUUGAUAUUUACGAAAUAUAAUGCAAAUUUGGUUUAAAGCUUUAAAAUUUUAUACAAUUGUUGAUAUAUUUAGAUGUUCGUUGUACAGUUCUUCAAAUGUGCUUCCUUUACGUGCUUUGUAUUAAAGACAAUCAGACUGACAAGCAACGAAUUCAGACUUUUUUUUUGUUUAUUCAGAUUUUGACUUUGUUUAUAACAUAAAACGUUUACAAGAGAAUAUGCUUACACCAAUUUUGUAAAUAUAUUUUGAACUAUUUUUCAUACUGUUUAAAUGUUUACGAUAAAGGAGAUAUGCAAAAUAAAAAGGUUACAUAAAUACG